CACGGAUCAGCUUAUCAUUGGAUGAUAGAGAAAUGUUGACUGUUGGAAAUUUGGAGAAUGCAACUGUUGGUCGAACUAACUAUAGAAAGGAGUGAGGAGGGCUGAGAAGGUGCGCGGGUAAUGGAGAGCAAUAUAGAUCCAACAUAACCCAUGUUACUCCCUGCACAGCGCCAUCUACUGGCGUCCCGAUUAGUGGGAGGGCGCUUGCUGCUCACAAUGGCAGGGAUUGCUACCCCCCAUCUCAUCCCAGCAAUGGUUCUUUUAACGCGGCCUAUCCCCCUCGACUUUUUUCUCUCAUUUCAUCUUCUCUCUCAUCAUCUCUCUCAUUCUCAAUCAUGGAAGAUUCAUCGUUUGAAUACCCCAGCGACAUUCUCUACACCCAGGAGCCUCUCUCGGGAUACAAGUUUGGCGGAUAUCAUCCCGUCCGUAUCGGUGAUACUUUCAAAGAUAACCGCUACACUAUACAUCACAAACUCACGUGGGGAGGUUUCUCCACCGUCUGGCUUGCCCAUGACAAUUUGCGACACCGAUGGGUCUCCUUGAAGAUCAAAACCGCGGACACUUCGUACAGUUCUCAAGAACUCCCAAACCUCCAGCAACUGGAGAAGAUUGCCGCCCCGGACGAUCUCUCGUCCAAGUACAUUCUCCACCUGCUGGACGCUUUCAUCCAGCCCGGCCCCAACGGCAUUCACCAAUGCCUGGUGUUCGAGCUGAUCGGUCCCACCAUCGAUCGCAUCAUCACUGACUACCGUGAGCUCUCGGAUUCCCUUGAUCCACAAACCAUUCUCCGCUUGUCGAGACAGCUCCUCAAGGCUAUCGAAUUGGUCCAUAAUGCCGGGGUGGGGCAGAUAGACAUCAGUGGCAGAAAUAUCGUCUUCAGCGGUAGGAACCUGUCCUAUGCAUCGGAGAAGAUCAUCUUCGCGGUCUUUGGCUCGCCCGAGCACGAACCAGUGACCCACCUCGAUGGCACUCCGCUGCACAAAGGCUUCCCAGCGGCUCUGUUCGGACCGGUGAGUUGGGAGGACUGGCUAGAGGAGUUUGCCGAGGAGCUCCGUAUCUUCGACCUCGGAGAGGGCUUUGCACAAGAAGAGAAGUCGAGGAUACUCGCGCAGCCGGGUCCUUCGCGGGCCCCAGAGCUGAUUUUCACGGGGAGGUCUGAUCACAGGACUGAUCUAUGGCAUACGGGCUGCAUGCUGUUCUUCUUUGUGUUCGGAACAUACCCUUUUGACUCCGAUGUAGAAGAUAUGGUAGUGGUCGAGCAGAUGUUUGACCUUCUGGGGGAGUUACCUCAGGAAUGGCAACCUAUCUGGAACCGUAUGCGCGCGGAAGCUGGCGAUAUGAUGGAUUUCCAAGGUGACGAGGUCUUCACUCUGGAGGAUCGCUUCGAUAAGGAAGUGGCCGAGCCAGAGCUCGCUCCUCUUAUCCCGAUCAUCCGAGCAUUGCUGGAGUUUCGGCCUUCGGAGCGCAUUACAGCUCCGCAAGCCCUUAGUCUUCUAGGAAGUCAGGGACAGUGAACGAAGUCAUGAAUUUGAGUUAGCUGGUCAAUUUAGCAUUUGCUGCAGAGAAGAGAAUAUAUAUACGUUUUUGUAGUUUAUACAGCGAUUAGUAGUAAGAGAAUUUGGCUAAGAAGAGCAUACAUCUGCAGUACCAACCCAUCCUUCUAAGAAUUAGGUGGCUCUCUCAGCAAGAUGAACUUUCACUACCG